AUGAGCAGCGAAAAUACCAAUAACCUUGCCCUUGUGCCACUGCAUCCAGGGAGUGUAAACAAAAAAGAACCCGUGGUAAAGUCCUUUCCCCUGGUCCUUGGACGUACAAAUCUAGCGAACUGGUGGUGGAACAGUUGUCCAUGCGAGAAGUACUGCAGACUCCACUGUAAACCUGUAGCUCAGAACAUUCGUUCGCUAAGCAAAGUCAUGUUGAUGGUUGAUAGCAAGGCCAAGAUGAAUGCUGUAGGAAAGAAUCCACAUUUAAUCACGGUAAUACCAGAACGGACAGAUUGUGUAUUGAAACAAAAUGACAUUGUGAGCAUAGGACGACGAGAUCGCGAGCCUUGGAUGAGAUUUCAAGUGGUGCCAGCGACUGGUGCUUCCAACUGUCGGCAAUCCCGUCGAAGAGAGAGGAGAAGACAUGGUGCUGAUGGCCUAGCAAGACGUGUGGAUAAUGGAAAAUCGAGUAACGCACCUCCAGAAUGGAUCACCACAACUCGGAAACGAAAAAUGUCACGAAUGAGUAGCAGUAGCACACCACCAAAACCCCCGAAUGCUCCCACUCAACAAAAUGCGGCCAAUCCUGAGCACCAAAAGCGUCGACGCAAGAGGUCAAGAGAGAGUUCUUUCCUUUUGAGCUCCCGACCUUUCGAUGAAACUAAUCCAAACACCAAAGCGGACAAGCGCUUGAUGACUGGGCAGAAUAAAGCUGCAUAUGGGCACCUCGUAGUCCAAGACUACAAGAAAAGUGCCAAGCUCCUUGUUUCUGAUCGAGAAAAGCGAGUAGAAACAAGCGAAUUUGUAGAGUCGCAGGGAGGACGAUUGUAUGGAGGACGAUUGCCGUUUUUGUCCAAAACGAAUGGAAAAAAUUCGGGAAGAAAAACACCAGUACAAGGAGAGACGAAGUUACCAGAAGCUGUUCAACCAGAAUUUGUUCAACCAGAUGCAUCAAAAGGGGAUUCACAAGUCCAACGCGUGCCUUACGCUACUCAGCCUCGCACUCCGGAUGGAAAGGAUACAGGAGGUACACCCUCAUCCAAUCGCGCUGCUAAGCUCGUGGAUGAACAUGUGGAUCAGCCAGAGGAUAAACAACCUAAAGAAAGUGAAAUCGAUGAAAUGAUGAACGAAGCUCAACCAGAUUCGAUGCUAGUCUGGAGCGCCGACAACGGCGAAGGAGCAAAGGACUCGCUUCCACCGAAGAAAGAGAGAAAUCAACGAAACGAACCAUCUGCCAGUGUUAAAGGUGAAGCAGGAUCGUCGGCCACGAAAUUGCCAGCCGAAGGAAGUACCGUUGAGAGAUCGAGUCAUCCAAUGAGCUUGACUGCAAAAGAAGCUGAAUCCUCGAUAAUGAAUAUGCCUGCUGUCCAAAGCACUUUUGAAGGAACAAAUCACCACACAACUCCACCAACCCAAGGUACCAGAUCACCAAACCGAUCAGUCCAGUAUUCAGAUGCGGAACUCCACCACUGGAAGCAGAUUGCCAAUGGUGAGCCGGACAAAGUGUCGGCCUUUCGCCGUGCUCUUGCGGGUCUCAUUGUAGCAAAGAACAGGGGCAAGGAACGAGGUGAUCCCAUGUGGUUACCAGAUUUGCUGGAGGACAGCUCUUCCUAA